AUGCUACUCCACCAUGUUAUCGUAACCUUUUCCACUACUACUACUACUACUACUACUACUACUACUACUACUACUACUACUACUACUACUACUACUACUACUACUACUACUACUACUACUACUACUACUACUACUACUACUACUACUACUACUACUACUACUACUACUACUACUACUACUACUACUACUACUACUACUACUACUACUACUACUACUACUACUACUACUACUACUACUACUACUACUACUGCUACUACUACUACUACUACUACUACUACUGCUACUGCUACUGCUACUGCUACUACUACUACUACUACUACUACUACUACUACUACUACUACUACUACUACUACUACUACUGCUACUACUACUACUACUACUACUACUACUACUACUACUACUACUUAG